GCAAAAUCAGCUGAUGCAAAGUGGUGGGGCUGUCAAAUCGGAAAGUGACAAUCUUGUGUUUAUUAUUUCAACAGUUCUUGUGGUGAAGAGUAGCGAAUGCAUGUGAGAUUUCAGAACAUAAUUUUAAAUUUAACUUACUUGUGUGAAAGUUUAUGAACCUAAUACAAAAUGCUCAAGUUUGGUAGCAAAAAUGACGUUAAUGCAACAUAUAAGUGUACUGUUUGUUUAUUAGAGGAUACAGAAAUUGUGGAAUGCGAUUUUCAGAUACACCACAAAGGAAAGUACCUGGUUGAACAUGUUUGUCGACAACUGAAUCUAAUAGAAAAAGACUACUUCGGCCUUCGAUAUGUUGAUGCCAGUAAGCAAAGGCAUUGGCUGGAUCCAGCUAAGGCAAUAGUAAAGCAAGUGAAAGAUAUGGAUCCAAUUCUGUUCAGCUUCAGAUUAAAGUUCUAUCCGCCGGAUCCUUUCCGGUUAAAGGAGGAGAUCACUCGCUACCAAGUGUACCUGCAACUGAAACGAGACUUACUGCACGGUCGUCUCUACUGCACGCCUAGUGAAGCUGCCCUUCUAGGCGCUUACGUCAUCCAAGCUGAGCUGGGUGACUAUGAUCCUGAGGAACAUGUUGAGAACUAUGUCAGUGAGAUGAAGAUACUAUUGAAACAAACACAACUAAUAGAGGAGAAAAUAAUGGAACUGCAUCAAACUCAGCUUAAGGGCCAGAGCCCAGAAACCACAGAAACAAAUUUCCUCAGAAAAGCAUGUACACUGGACACCUAUGGAAUCGAUCCUCAUCCAGUCAAAGACCAUCGAGGGAACCAUUUAUAUUUGGGUAUCAAUCAUCACGGAAUUUUAACAUUCCAAGGCAGUAGAAAAACACAUCAUUUCAAGUGGUCGGAAGUUCAUAAACUAAAUUACGAAGGAAAAAUGUUCAUCAUCCAUCUUAUCUAUCAAGAGGACCCCAGAACAAAGAAAAAGCAUACGGUUGGUUUCAAAUGUCCGACUGGAGCGGCAUGUAGACACGUAUGGAGAUGCGCUAUUGAGCAGAUGCUAUUUUUCACAAUCCCUUCAAGCUCGGAAGUUCCAAGUGUUGUAUCGGGUGGCAGCUUCUUUUCGUUCGGGACGAAGUUCAGAUACUCGGGGCGAGUUGAGCGGGAAAUUCUGGAGGACAUCGGCCCGCUGAGGAGAGAAGAGCCCACCAUAAAUCGAGUGUCCAGUCUGAGAAGGAAGGCCUCCAGUGUUCCGGCUACGCCUUCAACGCCAAUUGCUUCUGAUCUUGGCUACAGCAGUUUGCCACGCUCGAAUCAUUCGGCGGAUUGUAGGCUGGAUUCAGGAGGCAUCGACUUCACUGAUCCUGCCAUUCCCCUUGAACCGGUUUCUGAGGAUCAAGAAAUGAGAACCAGAACAGAUGAGAAAGAUUCGGCCGAGCCUGAAGCUCCUGUAUGCAACGGAAAGACAACUGAUUUAGGAGCGGGCCUCCAGGACAGCGGUCUGCUAGUGAGUGGUAGUGAGUGGGUGCUACGAGAAUCAUUCGACCACUCCUCAUCAGAGGGGCUGGGGGUGGUGGGACUGGGUGGAGGCGGAGGCGGUCGCUCCUCCAGUCGCAGCCAGACACCCGUGCUUCGCAGCGCUGCCCCUGUCGCUCUACGCCCACCCCCCACUCCUCCCGCCACGGCUGCCACGCAUGCGCACACGACACGCACCUUCAGCCUGCUGCGUGCGUUCGUGCCCUCCUUCAUUAUCACCACGCUCUCUCUCCUUGUCAUUGUGAUCGUAGUGCUGGAAACCGAUUACGAGACGCUAGGCGCCCUGCGUCGCGCGCCUGAAAUGAUCGCCUUGCGUCGUCUCUACUACGAGCCCGCCAAACAGUUUCUCAAGGCCAAACUGAUGUCGUCCGCAUCAACGCAGGUGGUCUCCACCAAUGUGCGACCCAUAGAGACCUAGUGGUCACUCUCCUCCGACAUGACAACUGAUAGUUUGUAAGUUAUCCUACAAUCAAUCAACAUCUACAAACUACGAUAGUUUAAUUUUUCCUACAAUCUAAUUUAUCAAUCAACAUCCACAAACUUUGAUAGUUUGAGUUUUCCUACAAUCUAAUUCAUCAAUCAACAUCCACAAACUUCGAUAGUUUAAGUUUUCCUACAAUAUAAUUUAUCAAUCAACAUCUACAAACGUCGAUAGUUUAUAAGUUUUCCUACAAUCUAAUUUAUCAAUCAACAUCCACAAACUUUGAUAGUUUAAGUUUUCCUACAAAUCUAAUUUAUCAAUCAGCAUCCACAAACUUUGAUAGUUUAAGUUAUCCUACAAUCUAAUUUAUCAUUCAACAUCUACAAACGUCGAUAGUUUAUAAGUUUUCCUUCAAUCUAAUUUAUCAAUUAACAUCCACAAACUUCGAUAGUUUAAGUUAUCCUACAAUCUAAUUUUACAAUCAACAUCUACAAACGUCUAUAGUUUAUAAGUUUUCCUACAAUCUAAUUUAUCAAUCAACAUCUACAAACGUCGAUCUCACUCAAGAUCGUUGGUCAUUCAUGAAAAAUCACAUUUACUAAAGUACCAAUCCGAAAUGAAAUUGAAAUCUUUAUUCCAAUAGAAAGUGAAGCUUUAAACUUUUAUACUUUCUCUUUCUAUUAGUAUAAAUAUUGGGCAUUACGGAUUAUGUUAUUAUUGGAAUAUGGUUAUAACGGGUGACCCAAAGUACUGAAAGUUUAUUUGAAAAUUCAUUGAACAAAAGUGGGAAAGCAAAAUUAAUUUUAUGAAUUAAUUGGGAAUCAAGCUCUGAUCAAGGUCUGAGUAAUGACACACUGGGUGUGACAAUCCGCUGGCUGUCGUCACGUAUCGUUUGUUAGUUUAUUUUUGAAACCUUCCCAUAGAUUCUUAUCAGAGUAUACGUAUAGGAAUUGUCAAGAAAAUCAAAUCGUCAAUUAUCAUUCGAACCUGUUAUUCUCUUUCCUCUCUCAGCUAAAAGAUGGCCUGAAACUAGAACUAGUGAAAUAACCGACCUUAUUUCAUAACUGGAGAUGAGUUGUAUCCUUGGCUAGAGAUUCCUAUACACAACUGAACUGACUGACACUUAACAUAGACUGGCAUUGUCUGUGCCAAACCAAUGAGUAGAGGCGUGUUUACGAAUAUCCACAUUCAAAUAAGGCAAUGUUUCAACUAGAUCUGCAAUCCAAUUUUCAGUCCAAGAAACGUAAUAUACGCAUAAAAAUAGUAUUAAUGUAAAUUACGUUUAUUCCUGCCAGUUCAGUCUUAACUGUAAACGUUUAAGCCCGGUUGCACAAAAGCCUGUUCAACUUGAAUCAUGAUUAAAUGUCAUGAUUGAUUGAUUGAUUUUAUUAUUUGAUGUGCCAGGUCUCUACAGACCUAUUGCACAAAAACAGCAUGAGACCCAAUCAGAGAAGCCUUCUUUUCGAAAAAUUCUUCUCUGAUUGGUUCUCUUGAAAUUUAAUCUUCAUUAAAAUUUAAAAGGCUUUUAUGCAACCGGGCCUUAGUCUACACAAAUAAGUGGUGAAUUAUUCAUUGAACAAUUUAUUAUCCUCUUCGAGAAUCAAUAAUUUUAUUUGCCAUCAGUAUUCACAAAAUACAUGGUCAAAUAAUAAUAUUCAUUACUUAUUCUUGAUAUAAUAUAAAAGAAACAAAACUAUUUUCUAUUGAUCAACUGAUUUACUCCUGUUAGGUACUGUAUACUGAUUGUAAUUGAAAGGUCUUUUGACUAAGGCUAGUUACACACUGAUCGAUUUUUGGACGUACGAUUUUUGCCGUCCUUAUAAAUUCUAUUAGAUCAAACAGAUGAUGUCAAACGGAGGAUGUUUGUCAAGUUCCGUUUAAUCUAAUAGAAUUCAUAAGGACGGAAAAAUAUCGUACAAACAAAAUUCUAUGUGUGUGUGCAGGGCUUAAGGAUUCGAAAUUGGAAGUUUUUCUGGAAGCAAAACGUUUUCAAAGUGAUUUCUCGUCAGCUUCAAUGUUGUAAGACGCCGAAGCUACUAUGUUAAAAUAAUUGCACAUACCAUUAACGACUGAUUAAUUUUCAAAUUUAUUUCAAAUUUUAUUCAAUCCAAUUCACAAUUUACAACUUAUGAGAAAAAAAAUCAUACAGCUUAACAAUAUUAGAGUAAUAAGUUAAUAAUUUAUAAAGUACAUAAAAGUCUAAUUUAUUAAACAAUAACUUCAGACAAGAAAUCUAACAUGCUAAACCAGGUCUAAUUUGUGAAUUUGGAUAGAAAAAUACUGCUUGCUGAGAGUACAAAAAUCUACGUCAGCGAGCAGGAAUGAAUAUCUGAUAAUUUAUGAAUUUAUAGAGAAGUAGAAAAAUAUAAAAAGUAGAAAGAAAGAAAAAUUAGCAACCAAUCACUCACACAUUCACACUAACCAUGCUCACUUUCCAAUUCCAGCUCAUUUUUCCAAAGCAUAGCCACCAUUAUCAGAGUAUUUUAACUAAGAAACCACAUUGAAUAAGGUCUCUAGAUAGUCAGGCAUAAGACCUCUAAGCCAUCCAAGAACUUUUGUUUUAAAAACAAGUCGAUUUUGUGUUCUCUUAAUUUCAAGAAGAAUAUUGUUUUGAAUGAUCGUUUCACUGAGUUUAAGUAAACAUCUUCACAAUAUGUAUAAUAUUCUAGUUGGAACAAAUUUGUUGGAGCGAAGAUGAAAUUAUUUAUGUAUUAACUAUUGUUUAGUUAUGUGUCUCAAUUACCCCAAGAAGUUUAAAAAUAACUGAAUUUUCCUUCAUGCAUUAUAGUAUCCAGCCUCAAGCCAUUAUUUUUAAAUCUAUCAUGAAAAUUAGUUCAUGUUUGAGUAAAAUGUUUAAUUAUUUAUCUGUCUGUUCUAGUUAGUUUCUUCGAAUUCGGAAAUGACAGAGUUUAUAGUAGAGAAAGUUAAAUUUUAUUUUGAAAUGAGAAUAGUAUUCAAAUAUGAGGAUCGUUACUAUAACAAUUAGGAACCAUAAUGGUUACCAGUGAUAAUCAUGAUUUUGCUUUAGAUAACCGUAUUGAUAUGAUAUUUUAUGCCAGCCAUAACUUUUUUAAAUAAAUAAUUUAGUAGGUGUUUAACUGUUAUCGGUCUCAUAACUAUGGUUCAAAGUUUUAACAAUAAAUUAUUUAUAAGAAUACGGAAUCUUCCAUUUUGGGAUGUUUCGCCACUACCGUACUUAAUAUUAUAAUUUUUAUUCAAUCUGAAAUCAGUACAAUAAAUCCUAUUAUCGAAGUUAACAGUCAAAUUGUUCUAUGUAGUACAUUUAAAACAAACCAUUAUAAAAAUAGUAUCUUCUUUAGUAGUGAAAGAAAUCAAGUACUGCAGUAUAAUAAUCAAAUUAGCUGAAUAUAUUAGCUUUUAUCCAUCUUUUUAACAAAUCUUAUCAUUAAUUCAAUAAGACAACUCUGUAGUAGCUCGAGUCACCUACAUCACAAUAUUUCUAUGAGAAUUUCGACUCAUACGUAAAAUGUUUCACGACUUGAGAACUAGUUCGGAUUACGCUCGUAGUCUUGAUUUUCCAAAUUACUCACUUUGGAAGUGAGCUAUGAAAAAGAACUUGUAUUAAUACUAUUACAAAGACAACUACAAUCAUUCCAGUUCAUUUUAAUAAUUGAAUCUGUGAUAUAGAUAAAAUUAUAUAGAUGACUGCUUUAAUACCUCAAAGUAUGCACAAUAACAUUUAUCAAUAUUAGUUUUUUAUUCAUCGUGUAAGAAGUAAUUUUACUUGUAGCUGAACGCUACCAGUAAAUAUGAAAUUUUUUGUAUUUUUAUACUAAAGUCGAAUGCGUGCGUGUGAAGCACUGAUUUUAAUCAUUACGCAGUAAUUAUUUCCAUAUUUCCACUUUUUUUGAAAAAAUCAUUAUAAUAUAUCCAUUGUUUGUAACGAGAUAUUAUAGUAUAAAAUUUGCCAAUGCUCCAUUGCCAUUGAUUAGAAUCUUCCAUGUUAUAAACAAGUAUUCCUACAAUCAUUUCAUAGUUUUAACAUUAUUUGAACUAGAAACUAGAAGAAUAUUUCACUGAAAUUAUACUCAACAUUUUGUUAUAAAAUAUACAUUGAGAUAAUAGAUAGCAUGCUAAUAAUAUAAUAUUAUAUUCAUAUUUCGUAGCUUAUCAAUUUGAAAUUGACUGGUGUUUCAAAACUUCUCAAAUGUCUAGUAAACCAUUUGGCCAUAAAAAACCGAUUGGAAAAUUAUUUAUAAUUAUUUAAUUACACUCUUGAAGUAUCUCAUCAUCAUAGCAAAAAAAUAUCGUUACGUUUAUUUUAAUUAAAUGCAAGUGUGAAUAUUCAUUCAUCUAUGUAAUGUGAUUUAUUAUAUUUUCAGAGCAGAAUUGAGUAUCUAAUACUUACAUGAAUUCCAUUAAGUAAGUUUUGAAACGAAUUUUUUUUUUAAAAUUAAUUAAUUAGGUAAUUGAAAUUUCUUAAUUUUCAAGAGGUUGACGAUAUUGUUUACAAUUUGUUUGAUAAAAGUCUUAGAUGUUAACCUUGUACAGUUUGUAAGUCGUUGAAAGUGUUACACUUACCUACAUCAUAGUGUAGAGAAGUUUUGAGAGUACACAAUUCUACAUUCGGUUUUCACUGAUAAUACAUUUGUGAUACGAAUUCCAAUAACUUUCCAAUGUUGUAAAUCUCAUUUCCUUCGAACUUAGAUUCAGCAACUGUUAAACCUCUAAAUUUAAAAUAAUUUCAACAUACAAUUCAAAUUUUGUGCAAAACAAGCAUUGGACGUUGAUGAAAUGUGCAAUUAACCUGUACUGUCAUGUUAUUGUAAUGAGUAUUUUAUUAGUUUUAGAUUAAUUUUCUUCAAUGUUCAAUCCAUUUCUAUUAAGCAAUCCAACUUUCCCUGUCAAUUUAGGUAAAAGUUACUCCUAUUUGCUACGCUACAAAUGAUGGAAACAUGCUUUAUAAAAAAAAUAAAACUAAACGAUACGUAGAAGCUAAGCUUGAAAGGCAGAUGUUUGAAUAGAGAUAAGGUAUAUAUUGAGAAUUUUAUUAAUAAAUUGAGACAUGAAGUAUUAGUUUUGGGCCCAAGACAAGUCAUAUAUUAUUCCUAAAUGUUGCUACCUACUGAAUGAACUCAUGCUAAUGUACCUUGUGAAGUUAGAUGAAUUCUAGACUAACUAAAAUAUAUAUAUAAACAUUAGUUAUAUUCUGACAAAUUAUUUUAAUAAUAGAUGAUUUAUUGCACUCAAUUUCUCAAUAGACGAACCACUACAAAACUAUAGAGAUUUAUUGAGACAGACUUUUCCCAGUCACUAAGCGGUUUUACUAUUAUUCAAUAUCUGCUUGAUAAGAAAAUACAAAUUUAAGAAUAUUUUAUUUUUUAUUGCGGAUGUUGAGCAAGAUGAGUUGUUUGCUUGUGCGUGAGUACUGUAAUGUGCGAGGGUGAUUUGAUGAGAUGAUCAAGCGUCCAUACCUACCGGCGGGAUUCGAACCCAUGACCAGGUAGCGCUAGCAGACUGAAGGGUUGAACACCUUAGUCGUCUCGGCUAUCCUGGCUAUUUUAUUAUAACAAUCAUGUUCUUAUGUUGUUUCCCUUAUGUUCACUUGAUAUUACCUGAAGCAUUCAUAUGAAUUACUGUAAUUUAUUUUUAACGUUAUUCCCGAUUUUAGAUGAAUACGGAAACUUUUUAAUAAUUUAUAAAGGUAUGUAUGCAACGUAAAAUUUCCUAGCAUUUCAAAACCAUUAUUUUCAAUUUCGCCAAUUCUAACAAAACAUUUUCAAGUAACAGACGAUCAUUUUCAAGACGAUCACUUUAUAAGGUAGUUUAAAACAGAUGUAUUCUAAGUCUCAGAUUUUAAUAAGUUUCCACAUUUCUCAUCGCGCUUUGAAUGAAAAGAAAAUCUCCAUUGUCAUCAAAUUACUCGCCAAUUUGGUAGAAAUUGAAUCACAUUAUAUAAUCAAUUUUGUAAUAAAUUUAAUAUUGUAUGUUUAAUGUCAAUUUAUCAAUUGUAGUACAAAAUUAUGAUUGAAUCAAAACUUGGUAAUUCAUGCCUUUGAUAGGAAUACAAAAGGUUUUUGAAAAAUUCAUUUUCUUGGACAAUAUAGAUUUAUUUUAUAAUGUGGGAUUUAUUGUACCGUAUUGUAUUAUCUAGUGGUUCAAGUUCCUUCGUUUCAUGAAUUCGUAUUUUAUUUUUGUUAAUAUUACAUCACUUCACUCCGAUAUCAAUCUCUUAUCACUUGUCAUGUUGGAUUACUACAUUCCAAAAUAAUAUUACUCUUUAAAUAUAAUUUAAUGAUUUUUUCUAUAGCAUUUAAUUUGGUAUAAAAACUGCAAAGAGUUGACAUUAUUUUAGAGUUUUAUUUUGAAUUUAUAUUGCAGCUAUUUUUAUUACUUGUUAUUUAUUGUAUGUAUAUAUAUUAUUGGAAAUGGUAAUAUUAUUUUAUUUAUUUUUAGUAAUUGUCGUGAUCAAAUCACUUUUUUCUGUGUAAAUAUUAUAUUUUAUUCAAUGAUUAAAUGCGACUUCAAUAUAUGUUCAAACCAAAAUUCUAUUAUAAAGUGGAGAAAUGUGAUGGAUAAAACAUGUAUCUGACCAACCAAAUCAUCUCAAGUCUUAUUUGGCAAAUCGUCAAUUAUUUAAGUGUAGAUAUUUUCUAUGUAUCAAGCAAGAGUGUUGGUUAAAUGUAAAACAUUGUAUAUUUGAAGGUAUCCUUCACAAUAAAACUUGAAAUAAAA